AUGGGCGUUCAUGGCCUUACCUCCUAUCUCAAAGCUAAUCGUUCGUCACUCGCUCAAACCCUCCAUCUUGCACCGUCCAUAAAAUCCGCGGAUGAACGACAGCAGGUGAUCGUCGAUGGAUGGAGUCUCAUAUAUGCGGUGUAUAGGGCCGCACAGCUACCCUGGGUCUACGGGGGCGAAUAUGCGGCAUUUGAACAUGACAUUAGACGACUCGUGACAGCAUGGAGGGGAGUUGGACUCGAACCCGUUGUUGUUUUUGAUGGUCCGACUCCACAGGCAAAGUUCCCAACUGUGGAAAAACGUCUCGAUCAGAACCGAAAGGAUCUUCUACUCACCUAUCGUUCCGGACCCGCUGGUCGACUCAGUCAAGCUGGAACAUUUGUACUCCCCCCUCUCUGCUACAGCUCAUGCCUCUUUGCACUCACCGUCCACCCAUCGAACGACGGUACAGACAUGUUCGAGCCAGUCGAGGUCCACUUCGCUGAUUCGGAAGGUGACCCCUUCACUGUCGAACUCGCUCGCCAGCGCAGUGUCUGGGUUCUAGGCACGGACAGCGAUUUUAUCGUCUAUAUUGGUUCUGUAUGCGGCGAAGGCACGGACAACGCGGAGGGCAUGGGUUACUGCCCGUUGGAUGAGAUGGUUUGGGUGGUGGAGGACUCUGUACCCGGAACCUCGAGACCAGACACCCCCAGCGCGGGCUCUUCCAGCGCGUGGGGUGACGAGGAGGAGUUCCGUGAGGUCCGGAGCAGGAGGAGGAAGACGACGAGGAACGCUGGCUUGCUGCCAUCCCCUGGAGCAACAACCCACGGCCUCAAAUUGACCUUCUAUGCUCCACUCGCUCUGUCGAAUUUGCUCAAUUUGCCACCCACCCAUCUUCCGCUCUUGGCCAGCUUCCUCGGCACCGACUAUACCCCCGCAACAAUGCGGCAGCAUUUCCAUCCACAAUCGAAUUCUCCAGUACAGAACGUCGAACGGACGGCCAAUGCACUGCGAACUGCGUCUGCUCAGCAAUCAUCAAGUGGAACCGCUACGCCGAGCGGGUAUAACCGCGCUUUGGACCUCAUCAUGCGUGCGAUCGAAAUUCUUGCGCUGCGUCCUCCCCUGCCAAGUGGACUCGCCAUCCAGCUGAGAGAAGCGAUUAUCAGCUCUACUCUGCAGUACGCGCUGCCAGUUCCCGGGGAACCAGGGGUAAAUUGCGCCGUGCACCCCCCAGAUGCGUGCGAGUUGCCGCAACAGCUCGUGCCGAGUGCAUUUGACGACUACCCCGCUGCUGCAACUAAGCCUCUCUACCUGAAAGCAUACCGGGAAGGCAUGCUUGCUCCAGAACUGCUGGACCUCAUAGCAACCGGAACAUUCUGGCCCAGUGUUUUCCUCGAAGACCCUGAUGCUGGUAGUGUGGCUGUCUGGGUCGGAAGAGAAAUCAGACAGUGGGUAUAUGCUAUUGUCGACCAGGCUGUUGGCGUGUAUGAGGAGCCGGAUCCCGACGAGAUGGAGGACGAGAUGGAGGAUGGAGAGGAAGGUGAGGAGACCUUGGCGAACGGGGAUGACGAUGACGAGGACGAGCUCAUCCCGGUGGAGGAAAUGGACAGCGACGAAGAGCCCGCGUGGGUGACGAGCGACAAACGGGCAUCUAUGCGUGCUGCCGCUCAAGUUCGUGCUCGCGAGCGCCGCGAAACGGAACUGUAUCAUGGCUAUCUUCCGGAAGAUGGUGUAGCGCAGCCCGAUAACUCACCAGAGCUACGAAGCCUUCAUGCAGCACUCUGGCGCUUGCGUGGCGGAAGGAACGAGAACGCAAGUGUCGAUGGCGGCAGUGCACCGUUGAGUCGAGUAAUGAGUGUUGUCGCCAGCCCACCGAAUGGCCGGGUUCGCAGGGUGCAGGUAACGGAGUAUGUCCGCCGGGCCCAGGCCAUCAAACCAGAGAAAGUCGAUGUGCGCCAGCCAAUUGUGGGCGAUCUGUUUCCGGAGGGAUGGCGAUGGAUGGAGCCGAGUCGCAGCAGUCGUGUCAACCCAACACAGAAUAUCCCUGUGAUUGUCCGCAGCGAAUCCGAGCGUGUUCGCGUACUGUUGCAUGCACUCCAAGCUGAAGGAACAGGCAUAAUGGAUCCAGCGAACGACUGGGAUGACGCAACGCCACGGUGGAGUAGCGAGGAGUGUCAUCUUGCGCUGAGCACGAGGUGGGCGAUCAUGAAAGGUGCGGAGAAAGGAGGCGAAGCGCGUUGGAAGAGAUCUGAGCUGGAGGCUCUGGCCGCAGUCAUUUUCCCAUCCUCCGACGUCGACAGAGAGGCGCCUUCCACUGUGCCUGUGACGCCGCUGGAAAAUCGCCCGAUCGCAUUGGCUGCUCAGCUUCUGCAUGCUAUGGAGAACAUCGCCUGGCUUGCCCAGGCACUGCUCAUCUCGGCUCUCUGUGGGCAGGGGGAAUGCCGUCUCUCUGGCCGAGCCCUGCAUGCUGCAUUGCUCAACGCCACUGGGAAGAUCACUGGAGAUGCUAAACGCUGGUGCGCUGCCGUUGAACAAGGACUGGGAGACGAUAUGUGGUUCGAGGACCGGAGGAAGGAGAAGAAGAAAGGUAGGGGAGGAUCCCGCAGUCAUGUUGGGCCUAGCGGUUCGAACGGCUCCCCGUUUGGGAUGUUCGGAGCGCUGGAGGGGCUGCCUGCUGAAUAG